UAGCAGAUCAACGCAGCAUUCCUUCCUUCCUUCCACUACCACCCAGCAAAGCGAAAGCGAAAGCCAAGCCAAGCAAAGCAAAGCUCGGGUCACGUGAGGAUCGGAGUCGGAGAUUGCUAGCUAGCUAUCUCGCUGACUCGUUCGUGAGCGAUCCCGCCCGUUGCUGGCAUUUCCCAGCCCGGCACCAUAUAUGGAUCUCGCCGUCGACCCCGACAAGCGGAUCCAGUCGUCCGGCGGCGGCGGAGGCAUGGAGCCCCCCGGGUUCGGAAAGCGCCUCAUGAGCGUGCUCCGCGCCGUCUACCACAUGCUGCGCCGGGGCCUCUGCCGCAAGCGCCUCAUGAUGGACCUGCACCUGCUGCUCGGCCGGGGCAAGCUCGCCGGCAAGGCGCUGCGCAACCUCGUCGCCGCCGCCAACCACCCGCACGGCGCCCACCACCACCACCGCCACCUCCUGGCCGCCCGCGCCGGCGCGGGAGCUCCAAACGGCGCCGCGGGGGCGGCGUCCUCCUCGGCCUCCGCCGCGGACCUGCCGUUCGCGCCCAACCCCAGCGACGUGGAGUUCAGCUGCGAGACCACGCCGUCCUACUCGUACGCGGGGCCGGUGCGCGCACUGUUCCCGUUCAGGAUCCGUGGCCGCGGCCCCGCCCGGGGCUGCGACGGGCUCGACUUCGCCCAGGUGGCGCGCGCGCUCGAGAUGAUGAGCGCCGCGGAGGACGCCGCCGCCGCUGGGGCGGCAGGGGGCGCGGGCGGGGAGACGCCGCUGCCGGCGUCCGCGGCCGGGGCCACGCCGUCGCCCAUGCUGGCGCUCAGCCUCGGGCGCAGCCCCGCCUGGGCCCGCCAGCUCCGCGUCACCGACUCGCCCUUCCCCCUCGAGCCGGAGGGCGUCGUCGACGAGCGCGCCAACUCCAACUUCGACGCCUUCAUCAACAAGUUCUACGAGAACCUCCGCCUGCAGGCGGCCAACGCCACCCCCGACAACUGCGUGCGCCGCCGUGGCUAGCCCCACGCCGACGAGGGCGCGCGCGCUGGCUCGCUCCGAAACAAGCGGCCACACCACACCACACAUAAUAAUGUCGACGACGACUGUUUCAUCACUGUCAUGUGGGUUUCGAGUUUUACCAUCUGCAUGUGUAAUUUUUCAUUCUCUCACUUUUUUUUUUACUUUCCUCGUCCGUGAUAAUCGAUCUCGAUAUAUAAGGUCGGUCGGUGAGGAGACGAGAUAAACAAGGGCUAGCUAGCUAGCUUGUUGGUGCAGCUAAUAAGCCCUGACCUCCUGUGUAUCUGUCAUGCACACUAUCUAUCUGCAUAUGAAUAUGAAUAUGAUCAAGAAUUCAAGAUGAAAUGGUGAAUUUUGCA